AUGGCCCCCGAUCUCACGUCCAUCCCACAUCGGCCUCGAGCUGUUACUUCUGUGUUGCCCACCAUGGUGCCACAUUCACCCAGACAUAGUCGGGGCGCCAUCAUGGCCUCUACCAGCCCGGUCCUUGACUCGACCAGUCUACCGCUCGGGACCAGUGAAGCCGGAAUUACCAGCACGGCGCAGGGGCCUUUGCGACACCCGAAACCACUUACACCCUCGGAUCUUCAUUUGGUACUGGAGAAGGAGCAGGAGGCCAUAGUCAACCGGUUGACCCGAGAGCUCUCCCUUCUUCGCCAGCAGACUGCAUCCGUGAAUUCCACAACAUCCUCCGCCUCAAAUCUCACUGAGCCUGACGGGCUACAUGCAUCCCCGUCCUUGAGCAGUUCCACCUCCUCCCACGUCUCUCGACGGCAGCGAUCCUUGUCCAGCCUCAGCUCUCAUACUCCGGCAGCCCAGAGCGCUCAAGCUGCUAGCGUAACGGGGAUUGCCCCGUCUCGGGACAGCAGCCAUCCAUCGCGAUCAACAGAUCAUGCCCUUCCUCACACAAUCCGGAGCCGGGAGCCGUCUGUGACUUCUCGUCGCCCCUCCUUCGGAUCUCAAUCUUCCUUCCCACAAUAUCCUCAUGGUGAACCGCUAUCUCACUACGGCAGCCCAUCGAUCUACCCCCAUCGAAACUCUGUCUCACUGACCCAGCUCGGAUUCUCGAGCAGCUCUCACUCCAUGGCACGGUACGAGGAGGCAACUGUCCAUCGAUCGGAGCUGGAAACCAUGAAACGGGAGAACGAGCAGCUACGGAGACGCGUGCGAGAGCUGGAGAACACACUGAAAAAGCAGAAGGAAUCCCCAGUCGAGUGA